GAGAAGUCCACCGCCCACAUCCGUCGCGAGAAAUGCAACGUGGCCGACCCCACGCAGAUCGCGCGGCUCUUCGAGGAAACCCCGGCGUGGCCGGCGUGCGCCGGCGUCGUCCAUGCUGCCGGAGUGCUGUCCGAUGGCACCAUCACCAAGCAGACUCGUGCCAAGUACGAGGAGGUCUUUGGCCCCAAGCUUCAUGGUUGCUACUACCUGCACUGCAGCAGAGGCUACAGCCUGCAAAAGCUGCAGGUGAACCUUGUCAUGUCAUCCAUGGCUGGCUUUGGUGGCAGUCCGGGCCAGAGUAACCACUCUUGUGGUAACACGGGCAUUGAGAGUGUCGUGGAUUUCGACCGGAAGAUGGGUAUUGCUGGCUCAUCCAUUGCUUGGGGGGCCGCAGCCCUAGACCGUGGCCUGGAGCUGAACAUGAUGUUGGUUCCAGAGGAGGAGGAGGAGGAGGAGGGGAGCAGGAGGAGAGGGGGAUACGGAGAGACAAGCAUGGUUGCCCUGAAUGAUAAGGAGAUUGCUUCUGCUUGUGCUGGCAAUGGUGGUUGCGGCGGCGAGGUUGAUGAUGGCGUUGAUGGCCGCGCCGAUCAAGAAUGGUGA